UUGCUUUGUAUUCAGCUCAGGUUAGUCAAGGGAAGAAAGGGCACAGUCUAAUCGACUGGGCUGUGGAUAUCAUGGAUCUCAAACAUAGUCGUUCAGUGAAGCUGAAUGAUGGAAACUUGAUGCCAGUGCUUGGGUUUGGCACAUUUGCUUCUAAAGAGAUUCCAAAGAGCAAGGCUGCCGAGGCCACAAAAGUAGCCAUUGAUGUGGGUUUCCGUCACAUAGAUGCAGCAUACUUCUAUCAAAAUGAGGAAGAAGUUGGACAGGCCCUCCGAGACAAGAUGGCUGAUGGGACUGUGAAGAGGGAGGAUUUAUUCUACACCACCAAGAUUUGGAUUACUUUCCUUAGACCAGAGUUGGUACGUCAGUGCCUGGAGAGAUCGCUGAAGAAACUUGGGCUGGAUUAUGUGGAUCUCUGCAUUAUUCAUAUACCGAUUGCUAUGAAGCCUGGAGAGGAACUUCUGCCAAAGGAUGCUAAUGGAAAAUUCAUUUUUGAUACAGUGGACAUUCGUGAUACUUGGGAGGCACUGGAGAAGUGUAAGGACGCAGGUCUAUCCAAGUCUAUAGGGGUGUCCAAUUUCAACCACAAACAGCUGGAACUGAUUCUGAACAAACCAAGGUUGAAAUACAAACCCACCUGCAACCAGGUAGAAUGUCACCCGUAUCUCAACCAGAGCAAACUCCUGGAGUUCUGCAAGUCCAAAGACAUUGUUCUCGUUGCCUAUAGUGCUCUGGGAUCCCACAGAGACUCAAGCUGGGUCAGCAGUGAUAGCCCAUACCUCCUGGAGGAUCCUGUCUUAAUGACCAUUGCCAAGAAACACAACCAAACUCCAGGCCAGGUUGCCCUGCGCUACCAACUGCAGAGGGGGGUGGUGGUUCUGGCCAAGAGCUUCAAUGAGAAGAGAAUCAAAGAGAACUUCCAGGUAAAAGCCCAAGAUCAUCUCUCCAGAAUGAGACAUAGAGGUAUUUUCCUUCAAAUGGGAGUACCUGCCAUUCAUUCAUCCCGGUGCCUGGCUUCUGAGUGCCACAGACACAUGGCUUCUGUGUGCUUGCGAAGGCAACAGAGAAAGUACCGGGUGAAAGGUUGGGUUUUGCUUCCUCUGCACUAGGCUUCACCUUUUACAAGUUCUUUAACACGGUACAUCUCCACUCCAUUACCUCAUUUGGUUUUGGGAGUCUUUUUAGAUGGUAGAGAGCUAACCUGGAAUACCUCCUUUUCUCUUCUUCAUAUUCUUUGCUUUACAAAUUACCAUUUGUAUUAAAGACAACAAGUUGGAUUCAGACUAAAUCCAAGUAGGAUUGCUGGUUGGUUAAACCACUGGAAUAUUCCAAUACACUUUUGUUUCCUGUUUUGUUUUUGUUUUUUAACUCCAUUGUACUGGGCAUGGCUCUGUGUGAGGUUUUCAUUAGCUUACAGCUAUUUAGUUAUAUGUUACUGUGCUUUCCGGAGUGUGGAAUGUUACAUGUGGCCACUUUCACUGUUAACAUUGGUGUGUCUCUUGGGAGGAAAGUCUAGAUAAAUCUACAGACUGACCGCAUAAAGAAAUCAAUGAUUAAAGUUAUGCUUAAAUCCUUUCUUAUGUCUGCACUAGCUAGAACUUUCCUACCAAUAAGUGGUUUUUAAAUUUAUUUUGUUUUUAAUCUUAUAAGAUUAAAAAAUACCAUUUAAUUUA